AUGCCCCCCGCCGAGGAGCAAACAGCAGCUGGCGACGAGAAGAUUAUUGCUGCUUCCAAGCUCGAUGCUCAUGCUGGCACCGGUUCUGUCUCGGCGGAUUCAGAGGAGCAGGAUGGUACCUCGACGAAACAAGAAGAAAAGGGCAAGCAGCUCAAGCCAAAGUGGUAUCGGAGGCUGAAUCCUAUACGUCUGCAGAAGAUCCCUCCGGUUCCUAGCGAACGUGGUGUUUCGCCCGAAUAUGGCGCCAAUUUCUUCAGUUUGCUGUCCUUUCAAUGGAUGGCACCGCUAAUGCACGCCGGCUAUCUGCGACCACUGCAACAUGAGGAUAUCUGGACAGUGAACCCGAACCGAGCAGUCGUUCCUCUCAAGGACAAGCUCAACAAGUCGUUCGAGGCCCGUCUGCAAAAGGGCGGCAAGUACCCGCUCCUAUGGGCCCUCUACGACACAUUCAAAUUCGAGUUCUGGGUCGGCGGCGUCUGCCAGUUUUUCAGCUCUCUGCUCAUGGUCUUCUCCCCGUAUAUGACGCGGUACUUGAUCGCAUACGCGACUGCCGCCUACGAGGCCAAGGCCACCCAUCAGCCAGAACCAAGUGUUAGUAGUGGCAUUGGAUAUGCCAUAGGAAUCACUUGCAUGCAAAUCGUGCAGAGCUUGUGCACCAAUCAAUUCAUCUAUCGGGGCUUUAUGGUCGGAGGACAAAUGAGGGCGGUGCUAAUCAACAUGCUCUUUGACAAGACAUUGAAGAUAUCCAGUCGCGCAAGGGCUGGUGGUAUUGCGAUAGAAGGUGCUCAAUCCCAGGAAAACAAAGGCACAGCAAAAGCUUCUAAAGCUCCCAAGGGUGGAGUUGAUAGCAAUCAAGGAUGGAGCAAUGGGCGCAUUAUUACCCUGAUGAGUGUUGAUGUCGAUCGAAUUAAUACCGCCUCGGGCAUGUUUCACAUGAUUUGGACCUCGCCCAUUGCAAUUAUCCUUACUUUGAUCCUGCUGUGUAUCAAUAUCGGAUACAGUGCGCUGGCCGGCUUUGCGCUGUUGGUGAUUGGCGUGCCUGCCGUGACCAUGAUUGUCAAAAGUCUCUUCAAGAGGAGAGUGGCGAUCAAUAAGCUUACCGACCAGCGAGUAUCGCUCACCCAGGAAAUCCUACAGUCCGUUCGCUUUGUCAAAUUCUUCGGAUGGGAAGGUAGCUUCUUGGAAAGACUCAAGGAUAUCCGGAAGCGGGAAAUCGUCGCUCUCCAGGUCCUCUUAGCAAUUCGCAAUGCUGUCCUAUGUGUUUCCAUGUCUAUACCGACCUUUGCCUCUGUGCUUUCCUUCAUCACAUACUCGCUUUCCCAGCAUGUUCUCACCCCGGCUCCUAUUUUCUCCUCCUUGGCUCUUUUCAAUUCGCUUCGUAUGCCUUUGAAUUUGCUGCCCCAGGUCCUCGGACAGGUCACCGAUGCUUGGACUGCGCUUAUGCGGAUACAAGAGUUCCUCCUUGCAGAAGAGAUCAAGGACGAAAUACGAUGGGAUGAAAAAAUGAGCGACGCUAUCAAAUUGGAGAAUGCCACCUUUACAUGGGAACGCAAUACGGCUAACGAGAAAGACCCCAAGAAACCCAAAGCCAAAGCCAAAAGAGCAAAGCAGGAAAACGAAUCAUCGGCCGAUACGCCAGAUACCGAUUCCGUGCCUUUCCAGGUCAAGGAUUUGAGCUUUUCGAUAAAGCGGAAUGAAUUGGUUGCUGUGAUCGGCACUGUGGGAUCUGGCAAAACUUCGUUACUCGCUGCCUUGGCGGGAGACAUGCGCUUGACCGAUGGCAAUAUUGACCUUGGGGCUUCCAGGGCUUACUGUCCUCAGUAUGCGUGGAUCCAAAAUGCCACUGUUAAGAACAACAUUUUAUUCGGGAAAGAUUUUGAUGAAAAAUGGUAUAACAAAGUUGUCGACGCUUGCGCACUACGCCCCGAUUUCGACGUCUUUCCAGCUGCAGAUAACACUGAGAUUGGUGAACGAGGAAUUACUGUCUCUGGUGGACAGAAACAACGUCUGAAUAUCGCGCGCGCCAUCUAUUUUGAUGCCGAUAUCAUUCUCAUGGACGAUCCGUUGUCAGCAGUCGAUGCCCACGUUGGCCGUCACAUCAUGGAACAAGCUAUUUGCGGUCUGCUCAAGGACAAGUGCCGUAUUCUUGCCACUCAUCAACUUCACGUGCUGAACCGCUGUGAUCGAAUCAUCCUGAUGGAUGAUGGACACGUUUCGGCGGUGGACACAUUCGACAACCUCAUGCGCGACAACCAGCUUUUCCAGAGAUUGAUGUCAACCACUACUCAAGAAAGCGAACACCAAGACAAGAAGAAAUCCGCAGUCGAGGGCGAUGAAGAGGUAGAGGAUGAGAGCGACACCCCUAAAAAGGCCAAGCCCGGCAAACAGGUGGCUUUGAUGCAGCAAGAGGAACGGGCUACCAGUUCAGUCAGCUGGGGCGUAUGGAAGGCUUACAUUCAAUCGACCGGAAGCAUUUUCUAUGUUAUCGUCGUUGUGCUAAUGAUCCUACUUGUUAAUGCUAGUAACAUCGUGACAAGUUUGUGGCUGUCAUACUGGACAUCAGAAAAGUACCCAUUCAGCACGGGUGAAUAUAUUGCAGGAUAUGCUUCCCUCGCCGCUAGUCAAUCAAUUUUCGUCUUUAUAUACUCGACAAUCCUCACCAAUGCGGGAACAAAUGCCAGUAAAACCAUGCUGCAGCGGGCAAUGAGUCGGGUUUUGCGGGCACCGAUGUCCUUUUUCGACACGACACCCCUUGGGCGAGUCACCAAUCGGUUUUCCAAGGAUAUUCAAACGAUGGACAAUGAUUUGUGCGAUGCCAUGCGUAUAUACGCUCUCACAAUCACGCUGAUCGUAUCGAUUAUUGUUCUGAUUAUCGUAUACUUUCACUAUUUUGCCGUUGCAUUUGGCCCUUUGCUCAUUUUAUUUCUCCUCGCCUCUGGCUAUUACCGCGCAUCCGCCCGCGACAUGAAGCGGUUUGAAGCUGUGUUACGAUCUCACGUUUUCUCUCGCUUCAGCGAGGCUAUCAUGGGUAUCGCCAGCAUCCGGGCCUACGGGUUGCAGGAUCAUUUCGGGCGCACCAUUAGCGAGGCAAUCGAUGAAAUGGACAGCGCGUUUUUCCUCACUUAUGCUAACCAACGUUGGCUGAGCGUUCGUCUUGACUGUGUUGGAUAUGUUAUGGUGUUUGUGACUGGCAUUUUAGUGGUGACAUCGCGCUUCGACGUUUCUCCCAGCAUCUCCGGUCUGGUCCUGUCGUAUAUCUUGGCCAUUGUACAGAUGUUGCAAUUCACCAUCCGCCAGCUUGCCGAGGUUGAGAAUAACAUGAAUGCGACCGAACGUGUGCAUUACUAUGGAACUCAGCUCGAGGAGGAAGCGCCGGUGCAUCUGGGUGACGUUCCGCCCACUUGGCCAGAACAUGGGAGGAUAACUUUCUCCAACGUGCAUAUGCGCUACCGGGCGGGUCUUCCGCUGGUCCUCCGAGGUUUGGACAUGGAUGUUCGUGGUGGUGAACGCAUUGGUAUAGUCGGGCGUACCGGCGCCGGAAAGUCCAGCAUCAUGUCGGCCCUGUUCCGCAUAACCGAACUAUCAGAGGGCAGUAUUACCAUUGAUGGGCACGACAUAGGGAAAAUCGGUCUUCAGGAUCUCCGCUCGCGGCUGGCGAUUAUCCCACAGGAUCCAACGUUAUUCAAAGGCACUGUGCGUAGCAAUUUGGAUCCUUUCAACGAGCAUAGCGAUCUGGAGCUGUGGGAUGCUUUGAGACAAGCCCAUCUAGUUGGGGAGCAGCCCAAGGGCGAGAACGAGUCUGGCACAGCAGCAGAGGAGGCAACAGCAGAAAAGUCGACACAGAAUCAAGGAAGCCGGGUCCAACUCGACAGCACGGUAGAAGAAGAAGGCCUAAAUUUCUCACUCGGACAGCGCCAGUUAAUGGCACUGGCACGCGCACUGGUACGCAAUUCGCAAAUCAUCGUGUGCGAUGAGGCCACCUCGUCAGUCGACUUUGAGACCGAUCGCAAGAUCCAGCGCACCAUGGCGACCGGGUUCAAGGGUAAGACACUGCUGUGCAUUGCGCACCGGCUGCGCACCAUCAUCACGUAUGACCGCAUCUGUGUGAUGGAUCAGGGUCGAAUUUCAGAGUUGGAUACGCCGUUGAGUCUGUGGGAAAAGGGGGGUAUUUUUCGAAGCAUGUGCGACCGCAGUGGUAUCCAGCGGGAGGAUUUUUUCAGUGUUGAUGAUGAGGCUUAG